GGUGCCGGGUCCUCCUUUUCCCAGUUGGGACGUAACAUGCUUUUUGCUCCGCAAUUGGCGGCUUAGGAGCAGAGGCUCUUUCGCCUUUACCUACUGUAACUUCUCCGCGUAUGGAGCCUAAAUGCUAUUGCUGCUACUACGGGGCCAGACAGUUACUGUCUCAGCUCUAGGAUGUGCAUUCUUCCACUAGAAGCCCUUCUGAGGGAGGUAACCGCGCCCUGCGGGCAAGCAAUUGCGCGUGCGUAUCAGGGAGAGCGCGCCAAACAAGAGCCCUACUGCGCAUGUGUGACCAGAGUAGGCAUUCUCUGACUGUGAAGGGAAACCUGGCUUCCUCCUAUCAGGGAGGCGUCUCAUUGGUCUCCUUUACGCGUGCGCCCAGUUGGGCUGUCAGUAUUGGCAUUUCUCCGCACUCCCCGCAGGCUCUUUGCGCUAUUCCUACGGUACGGUGGGAGGCUUUGGACAAGUUACUUACUCGGCCUGGGGUUUAGUGUCUUCAACCUAUCAAGAUGGCCUUACACUCAUUGAUUCCUGCGAUCUCCUCCAUUUCAAACUGUAGUUCAGCAAAACUUUACGGCAGUAUUUCAGGCAAUUAAAAAACAGUGGAAUGGAACGACAGUGCUGUAGUCAUCCUGUGUUAUGCUCCUUGCCAACAAUGUAUACAUUCCUGCUAGGUGCCCUAUUCAUUGCUUUAAGCUCAAGUCGCAUCUUACUGGUGAAAUAUUCUGCCAAUGAAGAAAACAAGUAUGAUUAUCUUCCAACUACUGUGAAUGUGUGCUCGGAACUGGUGAAGCUGGUUUUCUGUGUGCUCGUGUCAUUCUGUGUUAUAAAGAAAGAUCAUCAAAGUAGAAAUCUGAAAUAUGCUUCCUGGAAGGAAUUCUCUAAUUUCAUGAAGUGGUCCAUUCCUGCCUUUCUUUAUUUCCUGGAUAACUUGAUUGUCUUCUAUGUCCUGUCCUAUCUUCAACCAGCCAUGGCUGUUAUCUUCUCAAAUUUUAGCAUUAUAACAACAGCUCUUCUAUUCAGGAUAGUGCUGAAGAGCGAGUGUCCCGGAAAAGACAGUUGUACAGCAAAGGAGUGGAGUUUUACUGAAGCUAAAUGGAACACCACAACCAGGGUUUUCAGUCACAUCCGUCUUGGCUUGGGCCAUGUUCUUAUUAUAGUCCAGUGUUUUAUUUCUUCAAUGGCUAAUAUCUAUAAUGAAAAGAUAUUGAAGGAAGGGAACCAGCUCACUGACAGCAUCUUCAUACAGAACAGCAAACUCUAUUUCUUUGGCAUUCUGUUUAAUGGGCUGACUCUGGGCCUUCAGAGGAGUAACCGUGAUCAGAUUAAGAACUGCGGAUUUUUUUAUGGCCACAAUGCAUUUUCAGUAGCCCUUAUUUUUGUAACUGCAUUCCAGGGCCUUUUGGUGGCUUUCAUUCUGAAGUUCCUGGAUAACAUGUUUCAUGUCUUGAUGGCCCAGGUUACCACUGUCAUCAUCACAACAGUGUCUGUCCUGGUCUUUGACUUCAGGCCCUCCCUGGAAUUUUUCUUGGAAGCUCCAUCAGUCCUUCUCUCUAUAUUUAUUUAUAAUGCCAGCAAGUCUCAAGGUCCAGAAUACGCACCUAGGCAAGAAAGGAUACGAGAUCUAAGUGGCAAUAUUUGGGAGCGUUCCAGUGGGGAUGGAGAAGAACUAGAAAGACUUACCAAACCCAAGAGUGAUGAGUCAGAUGAAGAUACUUUCUAAUUGGUACCCACAUAGUUGGCAGCUCUCUCAAAUCUUGUUUUCACAUUUUCGGUGUUUGUAAUACUUAUCUUUUUACCUUGAUAAGCCAGAAAUGUUUCUAAAUCAUAAUAUUCUCUGCAUAUAUCUAGCUACUCCCUAAAUGGUUCCAUCCAAGGCUUAGAGUAAAAGGCUAAGAAAUUCUCAGGAACUGAUACAGGAGUAACAGUAUGAAGAACGGAUUAACAUCUAAGUACUUGAUAAAUUGACAAGAUAUAUUUGCAGAUUAUUUUCCUUGGCCUCCGAGCUUCCAAAAAACUUGUAAUAAUCACGUUAGCUAUACCCUAUAAAUAUACAAAUAGAGAUCAAUUUGACAGAUACUCACAAUUAUGUAGUUCUAGUCUACAUGCCAAAGUCUUCCUUUUUUUAACAUUAUAAAUAUCUAGGUUGUCCUUUGAAUUUUGAAGCCCUAGAGAUAGUCAUUUUGCAAGUAAAGAGCAAUGGGAUUCUUUCUAAAAAUGUUGGUUGAAGGACCUAAAUACCUGGCCAUACCAUAGAUUUGGGAUAAUGUCGUCUGUGCUAAAUAUGUUGCUGAAGAAGCAGUUUCUCAGACACAAAAUCUCAGAAUUUUAACUUUUAGAAGUUCAUGGGAAAUUUGAUUUUUGUAAUAAUUUUUUGAUGUUUUAAGCAUUGGUUCCCUAGUCACCACAGUUACCACUUGUAUUUUAAAUCACUUAAGCCAUGAUAGGGCUUUUUCCUCCACAGUUUGAGUAUGACAAAAUCUUGACGUCAUUGCUCCUGAAUUAUUAUAUUUUGGAGAAUAAGAGGGCAUUUUAUUUUAUUAGUUAUUAAUUCAAGCUGUGAGUAUUGUAUAUUUUUCCAAGAGUUGAGACACUGGCUUCAGAGUUACACAAGAUUGUCAGUAAAGCAGAUGCCUAGGAGAUUUAAAAGGGAUUCUUUCAAAAGGAUCACUUUCCGAACGUUGACUUUUGCUGACGUAUGAACAUUACUACUCUAAAAAUAGACCAGUAAUAAAUAAGUCAUUUUACAGUACUACUUCACACUUAUAAGUGCAUGGUAUUUUUCGUGGUAUUUUGCAUGCAGCCAAUUAACUCUUGUAGAUAGAGAAGUCAGGUGAUAGAUGAUUUUAAAAAUGAGAAAAUGUAAGUGACUUUCCCAGGGUCUUGCAGCUGGGUGGUGAUAAAAGAGAGGGCCUUAACUGGCAGGCCUGUAUAUUUACAGACUACCAUACUGUAAAUAUGAGCUUUGUGGUGUCAUUCUCAGACAGCUUACACAUUUCUUCUGUAUAUUUACAGACUACCAUACUCUAAAUAUGAGCUUUGUGGUGUCAUUAUCAGACAGCUUACACAUUUCUUCUCUCCUUUCUCCUAAUUUUCAUGCAGAUGAAUAUAAGGUAAUACUGUCAUAUAAUUCAUUUUUUAUAUCCACAAUAAUAUGACUGGCAAAAAUUGGUGGAAAUUUAUAAUUAAAAUAAUUAUUAAACCUA